UGGUUUCAAUGAAACCUCACUUCAAGUAGCUCUCUCUCACAUCCUACUACCUACCUUCUCCAUAUUCCUUGGAAGGGACUUACAAGGUAUUACAAGACUAGCCAGCGUCUGACAAGGCGUCUAGUCCGUUUUCAAUCUAUCCGGUAAUACAAACACAAGAAUUUCCCGCCUUCCAAGAACUCUUGGGUUUUUUGGCAGGUCUUCUCGUGAUUUCAAGCGUGCACCUUGCUUCAAUCCAAUCUCCAUGCUAACAUCUUUUCCUGCUCCUGUUCUUUCUGUAACACCCGAUGCAGUGAAAGAUCUACAAGGACAUGAAGCUCUUUCCGCUCUCUGGACCCUUUUCGCAAAGUGUAAAGAGUCUCUUCAGGAUGGUCGCCGCCUUGAGAAUAUAUCCUGGAGGCUAUGGCACCGUGAGCUUAUUCUAGCUCAACAGGCAUAUCAGCCUCCAACACCAGACUCAGUAUCACAUAUCAAUGUAUCGUCCGAUACCCGCAAUUCUUUCUUCUCCCUUACCGACCCUGUAAACCUAGCUCAGCCUUCAGGCACUCCCCCCUGCCCGCAUUCAACAUCUAUAUAUCAACAUCCUCUCUCCCCUACAUCUACAACCAGUCCCGUUGUACCGGACCACCCCUCCAUACCCAAAUUAUCAUCAGGUACCCCCGUAGCACCGCCUCUCAGCACUUCCUUCCGCCCCAAAUCGUCUCCAUUUGUAGGCCGAAUAAUAAUAGACAUGCUCCCAAAUAAUGUCAUCAUAUCUGACAAGCCGUCCCCGCGACAACCCACCGUGCCAUCCGUCCAACUGCCCUCGACCCCUACCUCUACAGAAGCUUACUUUCCUCGCGUCGUUGUCGUCAACCCCACGCCCCAACCCACUCCACCGAUGACGCCGUCCCUCGAUGAUGAUCCACCUGGUACUUCACAGCCAUCAUCAACGUUCCUUCUACCGCCGCUUCCCCCGCCCGUACUAACCAUGAAACGUCAACCGCAAGCCCUACAGCCGCUGCCGCAGUCACCGCCACCAGACGAACUAUUACCGUUGCUUGCACCUGCCCGGGGUGCGGAGUCUUCAAAGACAUCCGGAAGGUUUUUCUUGCAGCAGAGCCCCGAGGACGCGUCCCCGGAGCGUGACGGCUCGACGGAAAGCGGGAAAAGCCCGAAAGAUCUGUUCGAUGCGUUGAGCGCGGCUUCAAGUCAGAUGCUAAGCACUGAUGGUGAGAAAGAAGUAACGAAGGAGCUGAAGGAGAAAGACCGUGCAAGUGCUAAGCCAAAGAAGGGAAAGGAAUUGGGUAGAUCGUCUGCCCGGCCCUUAGCGAAACGGUCUCACUCGGCGAGGCACAUCGGGCCGUCCAUUCAGCGCAAGCUUUCGAAUCAAGAUAAUAAACCUCGUGCAAUGUUUAAUAUUGGUUCGAACUCGUCCAACGGGUCCAAGUCUGCUAAUGGGAGCUCGGCUAAGCCCACCCCGCCUCCGCCUCCGCCUGUCCCUGUGGUCAAUGGAUCGGUUGCUCCGCUGAAUGGAUUGGGUGUCCCUCUGAAUGGAAUGACGGCGAUCAAUCCAAAGCUUGUGCGGCCGACUGUUGCUCCUCCUGCGAAUGGCAAUAUCGUCAACGGGAACCUUAACGGCGCUGGCAAUAGCAAUGCUACUGUCAAUGCAAGUAAUGGCGCGGGUCCCCAACAGCGAAAAACCAUCGUUGUCGCUAGCACUUCCGAGGAAGACUAUGAGACCACUGAUGCGGACGAUUCUGGAUGGGCCUCUGAGGACAUGGACGCUGAGGACAAAGCCCACGAAGCCAAGGACACUGGGCUACGUGGGGCUGCACUGGAAGCUCAGCGCCAGCGUGACCUCUUCGCAAAGGUUCCCAAGCGUUCAUACUCGGGUCUCAACCGCUCGCAGUCGGGACUACUUUCCCAGCUCAUGAACCCCAACCCUGCGAUAUUCCCGCCGACUCAUCCGUAUCGUUUGAGCCAAUCGACAGCGGAUAUUGUGCGGAUGCAGCGCCAGCCUCAGCAUGUGCAGGUCCCGCAAAGGAGUAGUAGUGGGUUUGCGGGGCCUGUGAGGCUGCAGACGAGUAAGAGUUCGGCGGCGUUACCCCUGGCUGCGCAAAUCACUGCUAUGUCGAGCUCGAAGCCCCCUUCGUCUGGAAUGAAGGGGAAAGAGAGCGAGAAAGGGGGGUAUAGGCCAAAGGGGCGCCCGAAGGAGGAAGAGAUGGAAGAUGAGAGUGGGGAAGAUGACGACGAUGAUGACGAUAAGAUCCAGGUGUCGCGCAGUGUGGCACAGCAGAGGCUUCAGGCGCUAGUGUCACGACGCGCACCGGAAAACGGCAUCGCAUCGCAACUGGCUCAACAUACGCGUGUAGCGGAGAAUCACGCCGCUCCUGUUGCACAAGCCACUGCACCUAUACCCCUCAGUCACCCAUAUAAUCUUCCUGCUCCCGCGCUGCCUAUGACGCCUCGCACGACUCGUCGAAUAAUGCUUCGGCAAGAGCUGUCAGAGAGCAUGCGGAGGCAAUUACUGUGGGAGCGUCAGGUAAGCAGUACCACCAACCCAGCUGCGACCGCGAGACGAGCGAGCAAUGGCGUGCUCAAUGGGUUGCGACCGCUUGCUUCGACAACGUCCAUGGGCGAGCAGAAUGGCGCCACAAAGAGUGCAGAGGCCCAGGAUAAAGAUGAGCGUAAGCGACGCGCGAUGGCCCGAAAUCGAAGUUGGGCGGACGACUACCACUACUCGGGGUGGUGAUUUUCUUGUUGGACUCUUCUGCCAACACGUGGAUCUUCUAUGAUCUUUAUGGGGUCUGUUGUUUCUCAUCGUCUUGCCCUCUAAUAAUGCGGCACGGUUGUGUUUUCUUCUUUCGUUUUCUAUCGUACUUUAGCACGCGCAUGCUCCUAUCUUUGCGAACAUGUUACUCAUGCUGCAGGGUGCCCUCCUCUGCCGCGCGUUUCCUUUCUUCAUGCUGCGCUUCCCGCCACCCACCCUUCCUCAUAUCGUUGCAUUCUCACACAUAAUUUGCACUUGCAUGUCAUACGUACUCCGUCAUCCUCGCUGUCCAUUUACGUUGUAAUAGUAGUCGCCGUAAUUACCAGAUAGUUAUUCCUAUGGAUUAGGGUGUUGUGUUCAAUUUGUUUUCGAACCCUUGCCUCAUGUACUAAUAGUUGUAGGGCGUAUCCCGCCAAUUGUAUACGAUGUCGUUUGCUAGCCAAUUGCAAUCUGCGC